GAAAUCUAUUUAACAUUCUCAAAAUAUUUUGCUUUAAAGAUGUCUGGCGGGGAGUACCGCCAUGUGUGGCGUAUAGCCUUUACUAAUUUUCUUAAGUCAUUUAGACCGCGCCAAAUAAGAGGAAACGCAAUAGGGAAGGACUAUAAAGGCAACAGUUACUUUGAGAUACCGGCAGAUCCGAGCCUGGGCAAGCGGAAGGCGACCCGCUGGUAUGAUCCACCCAGAGGACUGGACUUCCGCGACCCCAUCCCUGCAGAGUGGGAGGCUUGGCUUAGGAUGAGGAGAGUGGAAGCACCGACCGAAGAAGAAAUAGCGAACAACCUAGCCGUAGCCAAGCUGAAACAAGAGAACGCGGCGGCCAUCGAAGCCCGGCGCCUCGCCGAGGGCGGCUCCCUGCCCACCAUGCCGGCGCGCGGCGCGGAGACCUUCCCCAAGUACGCCGAGUUCCACACGGGACACCCCGACAACCAUCCUGAUGGGAAGAAUCAUUCAAACUAA